AUGCAUACCAUCAUCAAAACCCCCAAUGCGCCUACCGCUGUAGGUCCUUACAGUCAAGCCAUACAAGCUGGCAACAUGUUGUUUGUUUCUGGACAAAUCCCCAUUGACCCCGCCACAGGCGAUGUGAUUACGUCGUCCAUUGAAGAUCAAGCCCAUCGGGUUAUGAAAAAUGUAAAAGGCCUUUUAGAAUCGGCGGGAUAUUCCCUAGAACAUAUUGUCAAAACCUCUUUGUAUCUUACCGAUUUGGCCGAUUUUAAGGCCGUGAAUGACAUUUACGCUUCAUACUUCACCAAAGAGUAUUAUCCUUGUAGAGAAACCAUCGAGGUUAAAGGAUUGGCUUUGGGUGUUAACAUUGAAAUUACG